AUGACGGAUUGGUACGUGGAGAACCUCCACCUACUCGCAGCAGUGCUUAUGUGCAGCCCGGUGGUAUUCGUAUUGGCCUUCAUAGUCACCAGUACUCGAGUACGACGGAAGUUCGUCGUUGGUGCAGCUGAGACUCGAAAGACAUCCGAUACCCCCGAAGUGGCUCUUAUCAAGGCUCAUACUCGAAUAGUUCGUCUUCUCUCGGUCGUCGGUAUCCUGCUUCAAGCUAUCCUGAUCGUCAGUAUCACUGGACUCUCGUCCAAUAACUCGACCUAUUCGCUUGCACUCAUGCGUCCGGUGAUCAACUUGUGUGUAUUCAUUCUCGGGUUCAUGACCAACACUCACGCUGCUUUCCGUCUCGCGUACAUGUUGCUACUGGGCCACAUCGUUGUGCUUGACACGAUCGCUGAGGUUUCGUUUGCCAUGGUCAUCAAUUGCAUACAGAUGGAGGGAAUGCAGUGUGGCGACAGCGCGCUAUCACUUACCUUAAGCACUCUCAAGUUCCUAAAACGCCGCGAGCUUGCUAGCCUCUUCCUGACUCCAUGGGUAAUGCUUGAGACGGCCUACCUCUGCGUGGCUAUUGGCUUUUGUUCAUCUCGGUACUCGGCCAGAAAGUUAUCACUCUCUCGCCCCACGUUCAACCUCCGUGCUGCGCUCCUCGCCAACUUCGUAGUCCAUCCGCAUCGAUCUGCAACUGUCAAACGCCCUCGGUUCGCCGCUUAA